AUGAAAACCACAGCUAUAUUUAGCGCGCUCAGCACCCUUGCGUUUGUAACGACAGGCAUCUUUGCUGCCAAUUGCCAUAUUGUAAAACGAUGGAAAGGGGCACAAUCAAUUAUAGUACAUGACUAUUACCGAGCACCAGACGACAGAUUUCACUUGCAUCAGCAUGUGUGCACAUCCGAUCGCCGAUGCACAAUCACUUGCGAAAAUCUGGACUCAAAUGAGUGGGAAGUUGCAGGCGUAUUCAACAAAGCAGGCCAAGACAUUGAAAAAGUGAAUGGGCAGGACAAAGGGACAGUUUGGGACCCCAGGACGGGUGAAGGUACUAGGCGCGAUAAACAGAUAGCUAGGAAUCACGACAAUUUGUAG